UCUCUCACCCCUCUUGGUUUUUUGGAUCAUCUAGGCUGCCCUUUAAAUUGGAUUGCUUUGGUGGGUUUUUGCACACUUUCUUCCUGGUUGUUGAGGAGCAAAAGCUAGCAGAGCAAGCAAUCUUUCUGUCUUUGGUCUCCUCUGUUUUGCUCUCUCCCUUUCUUUUCUCUGUUUUACUAAUUUUCUUUUCCUAUAAAAAUUAGCAGUCAUGGCUGAGAUCUCCGGGAGUAAUGGAAAUAAUGGAGUAGUCCUGAAUGUGAAUGGUGAGGCCAAUCAUAAUCCUCCUCCAUCAGCCGCCAAAAGCAAAGGCUCUGACAUCGGUUUCUCUGUACCUUUCAUGCAAAAGUUGAUGGCUGAGGUGUUGGGCACAUAUUUCCUGAUAUUUGCUGGUUGUGCAUCAGUGGUGGUGAAUGUAAACAAUGAGAAAGUGGUUUCUCUUCCAGGGAUUUCCAUGGUGUGGGGAUUGGCUGUGAUGGUCUUGGUUUACUCUGUGGGUCACAUAUCCGGUGCCCAUUUCAAUCCUGCAGUCACCAUUGCUUUUGCUACCUGCAAAAGAUUUCCUCUGAAACAAGUGCCAGCUUAUAUAUCAGCCCAAGUUCUCGGAUCAACUCUGGCGGCUGGAACCCUUCGUCUGCUGUUCAACGGAACACACGACGUCUUUUUUGGAACGUCGCCACAAGGGUCUGACUUGCAGGCUUUCGUGAUGGAGUUCAUCAUCACUUUCUACCUCAUGUUCAUUAUAUCUGGUGUUGCCACCGACAACAGAGCUAUUGGAGAACUUGCUGGACUUGCCGUUGGCGCCACCGUGCUGCUCAAUGUGAUGUUUGCCGGGCCAAUAACAGGAGCAUCGAUGAACCCAGCAAGGAGCUUGGGACCUGCAAUUGUGUCCAAUAAUUACAAAGGUAUAUGGAUAUACCUUACUUCCCCAACCCUUGGGGCAGUGUCAGGUGCUUGGGUUUAUAACAUGGUGAGGUACACAGACAAGCCAUUAAGGGAGAUCACCAAGAGUGCCUCUUUCCUCAAGAGUAGUGCUUCGCGUAAUUGCAGUUAACUUACUAAGUGUAGAAAUCUAGGAGGUCUCCUUUUGCAGAGGACUACAGAACGUAUUAUAAAAGUGGAUUAUUAACCUUACUGCAGAAAAAAAAAAAUACCAAAGAUGGCUGGUAAAUAAGCUUGUACUGGUCAUAAAGUAAAAGGAUGUUCGGCUCAUUACUGCGGUAUUUCUGUAACCGAUCAUUCGUUUUCCCUCCUAUCCCAAGUUUUAAUAGCAGAUGAUUCAAAUGCCCAGUACCAUGAAUGCUUGAAUUAAUUUUGAAAUUCUUCUAAAA